UACCUUUGAAAUGAACUGAAAACUUUUUUCUAAAUCAGUUUUCAACGCUGAUUCAGAAAAAAAUAGUUUCAACCUUCCAUCUUGUAAUAAAACUUCAAAAAGAUCAAUUCUACGAUAAAGGUCAUUUUUUUCGAUUUUUUAGACCUCUGCAGUAUUCCAGGUUUUUCUCCGUGAAAAAAGGACUUUUAAAGAUUUUAAAGGUGAUAUUCGUGAUCAGCUGCACAAGACGAAUCAGAAUAUGUAUGACAAAUUGAAAAAUAAAACCCAUUUGAAUUUUGCAUUAGCUGCACCUUACCUAUAAUGGAACAAAAUGUAAUUGCUUACAGUUCUAAUUUUAGAACAAUGUUCAAAUGAGAAUUCGUGUGCAUUUUCUCAACCGUGUUGCAGUAUCGACUAUGAUACUAGACAAAUUGACUGUAUCAAUCUCAAACUAUUAUCAUCAAUACCAAAUUGUGAAAAUUUUAAUCUAAUAUAUGAUUUACACAUAAUCAAUAGUACAAAUUUUAUUGCUGAUACAAUUCCAAAUCAUCUGUAUCAUAUAAAAAAUAUCAUAUUCGAUAAUGUACAAUUUCAAAAUGUUCACAGAAUGUUAUUUCGAAAAAUGAAAAUACAAUCAUUAAUGUUAACAUACGUUAAAUUAGAUAAAUCCUAUUUUCUUCGUUUAAUUUUAAAAUACAUUUCAUUUACUUUACAGACAUUAAUUUUAAAAAAUGUUUCUAAUUUAUCUGGUAACAUCGAUAAAGAUAUUGGAUAUUUAUCUCAACUACGUUAUUUACGUUUUGAAUCAACAUUGAUUGGUUAUUUUUAUCGUUCAUCACUUCAACUCUAUCCAAAAUUAAAAAUGUUAGAUAUCUAUGGUAAUUCUAUCUUAUGUAAUUGUUCACAUGAUUGGUUAAAAAUACUUGCUAAAGAAACCGUUCUAGAUUUAAAUUUAUUGACAACAGUGAAUAUGACAAGAUUGCAACGUUCAUUAAAUUUAUUUAAAAAACAGAGUGAUGCUUGGCAAUUGGAUUAUUCUUUACGUGUUACUGGUUCGUGUUAUAAUAAACUCUUUCCUCAACGACAUUAUUCAUUAGCUAGACUACCAUUGUGUUUAAAAUGUUCAAGUCAAUUAUGUCAUCCACAAGCAAUAUGUUCAAAUCAAAAUAAAACAUUUUCAUGUACAUGCAAAGAUAAUAUGAUAAAAACAAUGGAUAAUGCUUGUAUAAAAUAUUAA